UCUCCUUUGGCGAUCACGAAGAUUGCGCUGGAAGCUUGGCGCAGCGACAAGUCAAUGGAGCGAGGAAGCUUUCGCGAGCGAGAAGGUCUGGAUGGAGCAGCAUUGUCAAACGACGCACAUUCUGGCGCUCACGAUCGCUCGCGUUCGCGAUUAAAAAAUUGGCGAUCCGGGGGCAAGUCCGUUGGAUCGGUGGCCAUGGCGGGCGUGCACGCAAAGAAGGCCUCGCGGGAAUAUCACCUCCACUUUGUGGCGAUUUUUCCAUUGCUUGGAAUCGGCUUGCGCGGCCUGGCACUGGCGUGGAUUGAUGCACUUCGAGCGAAUUCUUUUCCCGGAAGUUGUGAAGAAGAAUACUCUUCUUCUUCUUCGUCUUCCACUACUUGUAGCUCUUCUUCCACCAGUUCCAUCGCCUGGGAAUGGUUUUGGAGUAGAAGAAAGGAACUUGGAGCUCUCUUUAGAUGGGGCUACUGUUGCUGCUUCUCGUGGCGUUGAUCCAUGCAAACACGGGAGUUUGCUCCAAGGUAAGAACCUUGGAGGAACCGAGCGGAUCUCUCCAGCUCCACUCGUCUAGAAAAUGCACGAGCGAUGGAGCUUCAUGCGCUCAGGCAACCCGAGGUAGAACUUUGGAGGAAGAGAACAGACGUCCGAGCCGAGCGCUCCUCCAGGCAGCAGCAUCACCAACCAGGUGUAACAGCGAUGGAACCACUUGCCAGUUCCAAUGCGGCUCCGGCCGCGCGCUCCCAUCCUGCGCUUACGGCUUCGCUGGCGGUCUCACAGGCGGUGCCAAUGGAAGGUCCUACGUCGUCACCCGGCCCGACGACAAUCCCACGGAUCCACAAAAGGGAAGCCUGCGCUACGGAGUGAGCUUGAAUCCCAAGUCCGGUGGAGUGUGGAUAACUUUCUCCAAGACCAUGAUCAUCCAGCUCCGCGAGAUGCUGUGGAUCCGGAGCGACACCACCAUCGAUGGCCGCGGCAGCAACAUCACCAUCACCGGCCGCUCCAUCGUCCUCGCCGGCGUCACCAACGUCAUCCUCCACAACUUCCAGAUCAACAGCGUUCCAGAGACCGACACCGUGCACGUCUUCGCGGGAUCCAAGCGCAUCUGGAUCGACCACCUUACGAGCUUCUCCGGAUCGGAGGGCCUCGUCUCGGUCGUCCAGGGAUCCACCGACGUGACCAUCUCGAACUGCUACCUCUCCAACCGCGAUUUCAACAUGCUCCUCGGCGCCUCGGACAGCGAUCGCCAGGACAGCGUGAUGCGAGUGACCGUCUUUCGCAACUGGUUCCGCGAUUCCACGCAGAGGAUGCCGCACUGCCGAUUCGGCUACUGUCACGUCGUCAACAAUCUCUACUCCAACUGGGGAUACUACGCGCUGGGAGCUCGAGUGACCGCCACCAUCUUGAGCGAGUUCAACGUCUUUGUGGCCGGAUCCAAGAAGGAGGUGACGCCCUGGUUCGCUGGAGCGAACUCGGGAAAUCUGGACAUGACCGCGGUGAUCCAGUCGAAGAACGAUUCGCUCCGGAACGGGAGUACUUUCCACCAGUUUCUCCAGCGGCAAUCCAGAGCAGAUGAUCCGCCUUACAGGAAGAGCGCAUUCUAUCCGCCGCGAAGACCGACUAGAGAUCUUGCUGGAUACGUGCAACGCUGCGCCGGAGCGCUGUUUGGAUCCAGGCUUCGCAGAUGUAUCGCUAAGAGCUAGGAGAACCCCGGAACGAUGCAUGCCAGCCGCCCGAUUUC